AGAUAUUUGAAUGAAUAAUCCCAAGCUUGGCUCAAAACAACUUUCCUUGAAGACCUCGAAUAAACUGAAUCGGGCGAUUUUAAUCGAUGCUCUGCCCCAAAACCACACAAAAAACAGUUCCAACCGUCAAAAUACAUAUGAACCAGUCGCUUCUAAGAAAUCUGAAGCUUUCUCGGCACUUGCGAGUAGUUGUGUUGGAAAGAAAACAAAUCCACCGUGUGAAAUUGGCCCAUAUGUUUCGGUUUAUGGAAGAGUUGUAGUUGAAAUAGAUGACAAGAUCAAGCUCAGGAGAUUGAUGAAUCAUAUUCCUGACCACUACAGUAUCCCCAUCUUGCGUAUUGUUCAAUUUGGUGAAUACAACGCUGGAAAGAAGCCAAGAAGCCUCAUGUCUUAUCGCAAAAGGAUGACGGACUGUGACUAUUUUUCUGAUGCUUUGGCGAUUGAGCUUCUGGAUUUUUUUGAAAUGAUUCAUAACGAUGUAGAGAGGGCAAACUACGUGAGCCGAAUCCUCGACACCAAGGCUGAAUAUUAUGGAUUCAAAUCUUAUGAUGAUCGUGUAUCUGAUAUCAGAUUCAAUAAGACGAGACCAGCUCCAUUGAACACACUGCAUGUAGACAUUUCAUCUCAUCCAAAUAGUACCACUGAACGUUUUAGUAAUGGAUCUAGAAACUCAUCAAGAAAUAGUGCAGUCCUUACAUUUUCAACAAAUGUGCAAUCUCACGCUGGACUCGUGCGUAAUGAUAUCGAUUCAAAUUCUUAUGCAGGAGCUAGAAGUAUUGAAGAUUCUGAUUUUUCAAAAGUUGAUCGGAAAAUGGAAACGAUAUCAACGGAAACACAAAAUGGGUUCCGAGGAAACUCGGCACUUCGAGGUUCUUCUUCUUUGUCGGAUAUGAACGUGCAAAGCUCAUUGAUGGUUGGUGGGAACAGAAGCACAGAUGAUCGUGUCAAUGCACAACGUUUUGCCAGUACUGGUUUCGUAGAAAAGGAGUGCCGGCGCUGGGAUCAGUUAGUUGAAAAAAAGCAGAAGAAAGAAGUUAACAGUGAUCACAAAAAAGCAAAUCGAAUCACUUCCCAUUUGGAGCAUAACUCUCGUUUGGAAUCUCUCCCACCGCAAGUAGACACACGUGGCUUAGACAAUUCUCAUCUUGCGGAGAAAAAGUACAUAGAGGGAAUUUCAGAGGAAGUUUCAAAUAAGCAACCAAACAACCUCGGUUCCGAGACUUCAUCAGCAAUUGAAAACGAAAGAAACUGGAUGCCUACUGAACACAAUAUAGCCAGUCGAAUUGCUUUUCCGGGACUUUGGUUGAACGUCAAAUCGAAUGAUAAAUAUUUGCCACCUACAAUUUCUCGUACGGAAUGUUGGCCUUACAUAACAGAUCGCAAGGAAAAGAAUAGACGACACAUGGAGGAAAUGAUGAAGAUAGCAGAACAAAAUGAGCAAUUGUAUCAGUUCCCUCGUCCCAAUCAAAGUUGUUAUUCUUCAACCAGUUCGCACAGAAAGGAUUCGAUGACAACUGAUUCGAAGGAAAUCACGAGUUCUGACAUGGAAGUAUAUAGCUUUGCCAUUAAAGAAGGGAAGUGCUUCCGUCUGAAGCGGUAUAUGGAAUGGAAGAAAGAUGAAAAAGAUAGUGAACAUGCCGUGGUCAGUCGUAGACCUUCUUUUAGAAUCUAUUGUGAGUUCGCGACGAAUGUGAUAUAUUUUUCAUCGACUCAAAAUGCAUCUGAAGAGGAUUUCGGAAACACAGUUUCAAGUGAUGUUUCUCAAUAUUCAGCAAGGACUUCUAAUAAUGCUUCAUCAAAGCGAAAACUAUCAGAAAGCUCUUCUGAUUCGGACACAGGUAUUCUACUCAAGAAGGCUAAUGUAUCAAGAUUUGUCGAAGAAGGCGUGCCAGUCCCAUGGUACCAGCCUCAGUCAUCCUACGCUGUUGCAUUUUAUUCAAGUUCUUCUCACAUGUUUUUCCAUAUUCUCAAAUCUAAGCCAGCACCGCCAAUAAAACCGAUGAAAAAGGAGGCCGGAGCGUUGCUUCCCCCUCGAGCGGUUGUCUAUAAGCUCCCUGCAAUCAAGGGCUCAAUGAAAGAUGCAAUCUCAGCUCACAAACUGUUGAAAAAAUCGUACGCGAAGCCAAUUGUGGACAUUAGCUCUACGUCAGGCGAUAGCGAUCCAGAAUGGUGGAGUGAUCGGGAGUUGACGGCUGAUUUGAACUUCAAACGAGAACUUCUGUCAAAAAAGCCACGCUUCUCACGGAAAACCUUCGAUGAACGAUCUUCAUACAUUGCUCGUUUCAAAGAAUCACAUCUGGGAAACUAUUUGAAUUCGGAUAGUGAUACAGUCUCCAAUGAAAAGCCAAAGACACUUGCUCAGUUAAAGAAUUUUAGCAAAUCCAACUUGGUGGAAUAUCAUCCAAAGCGUUCAAGAAAGAAGAUUCGUGCCAAAAGAGUGUACCGAACCAAAAGUGCUGUCACAACUGCGUGUACAUCUACAUCAAAACAAGCGGCUCGAAGUGAUGAACCAUUCUUUUCACAGCGCGAUACACGACAACAUUCUUACACCCAGAGAGUCCAAGUGCCGAUUGGUGCCGCACUCCACUCUUCGUCGUCAAUCGCUGCAAAUGUGAAUGAUUAUCGGUCAAAGGCUCCAACACGAAUGAUUCACUCAUCAAAGGUUUCAACAGUGAAUGCGGCUGCCUCAAAGUUUGCUGCACCUCGUUGUCAAGCACCAAACGUUUCACACAUGAAAAAUGGUCAAUUCUCAGUCAUUGACAGACUGCUUCCAAGUGACUCUAACACUAAGCCAUUGUUAGCACCUGCCUCGAACAACUCGUGGAUUACUGCAAAUUCUCGUGCAACCGGCAUUCUCAAAGGACGAUCAGGGCCAGUUGAUCAAAGCCAGAAUCAGAAUACAAGAAGAGAAAAUGCUUCCAUGUCUGGAAGACAGCCGUUGGACACUUCCAGAAAACACAUGUUCUUAUUUUGUAAUAAGGUUUGUGUGAUAACUGACGAAGAGAUUCGACGAGACAAGGAACAGCAUCGAUUGGAAAGGUCACAAAUUAGCGCGGAACGAAAACUGGAGCACAGAAAAGCUAUGAGACGACAAUCCAGGGCUAGACUUCUCAGCCGUCUGCAAACGGAGUAUGACAACAACGACGCUACAACGCUGUUCAAAUUCAGAAGCAGUUGCCUACAUUCGUAGUUGAACGUUUGAAUCUGUUAUUGUUGCAUCCGAUUUUCUACCAACUUGACUCUCGUUUUCAUUAUUCAAAGAUGUUUAUAUUGAUUUUUGCAUUUCCUAUAUUCCUAUCCUAGUAUUUUUGUUUAAUCUAGGUAGAUUUUGAGUGGCUUGACCCACGUUUUAUAUGUCUUAAUUUAUACUCAAGUUAAGUCUCCUGAUAUUUUUCCAAGACAGGUUUUGUAUCAUUUAUUAUUAUUAAGGAAAUAACUUCAUAAUUGUAUAUUCUGAAAUGUUUGAUAUUUUCUAUUGUUAUCCAGUUUUUUAUUGAUCUCAUUAUUGUCAUCCUCUCACCCCUCCUCAUAUUGCUUCUCCGGUUAUUCUUUCGAGGUAUUUUUCAACGGUUUUCAUGCUCCUGCACCCGAUCUCAUGCAAGCAACUCUUGUGAAUGAAUAGUUUUUUGACAUAUUUUUUUAAAAAAUAUUCAACUUUGUUUGCUAAAUCUCUGUAAAAAUGCAGUUUUCAUACCCUU